UAACCACCUUCUUCUCUGCUCCGUUUCGCUCUCUACAACUUCCGUCACUUAUUCUGAGAGCAGAAGCAGCAGCAACAAAGUCACAGUGGAGCACUACUAUGAAACGCUGUGUCCCGACAGUUAUCAGUCGGAAUCAUCUUCAAAUCGGAAUCAUCUUCAUCAACUAUCUGAAGCUCUAUCCCUUCGACAACGCCAGGAUUGGAUCCGACAGCACCAUCACUUGCCAGCUUUCCUAGUCCAAUGGCUUCCUCUCGGCUCGAACGUAGAACCCUUUCUUUUUCUCUUCCGUCUUGCCUCUUCUUGGUUGUGUUCACACCCCCUUCGUCUUCUGCAGACAGAACUCCACCCUUGGAUUCUGGUAAAGUUUCGCUGGCUUUGUAUUAUGAGUCCCCUUGCCCCUACAGCGCCAACUUCAUUGUGAAUUACCUUGUCAAGCUCUUCAAAGACGAGCUGAUCUCCAUUGUUGAUCUCAAGCUUUCUCCUUGGGGUAAUGCCAAGCUCAGAAGCAAUGACACAUUCACUUGCCAGCAUGGUCCAUCUGAAUGUUUAUUGAACACUGUGGAAGCCUGUGCAACUGAGAUCUGGUCUGCACUGAAUGAUCUUUUCCUUUCGUUUAUUGCGCCAAGAGUUUGGUUUAUGAGCACAAGUAGCCCCAGUGGGAGUCAUGUUACAAGAAACUGGGCUUGGAUUCAAAGCCUAUUACUGAAUGCUACGGCAGUGGACAUGCAUGGUAAAGAGCUUGAGCUACAAUAUGCAGCUGAAACCAGUGCAUUCCAGCCUCCGCAUCAGUAUGUGCCGUGGGUAGUUGUGGAUGGAAAGCCACUUUAUGAGGACUACGAAAACUUUCUGAGCUAUGUCUGCAAUGCCUGUAACGGCACCACUGCGCUCAAGGCUUGCAGUAAAUUUUCUCUCGGUACCAUCCAUAAGAAAAGUUCAAAAUCUACGCGUUCAGUUGGCUGCGACAAGGGAAAUAUGGCAGUAGUAUUAGGAAGAAUAGGAUCGACCAUAACAUCGUGGAUGCGUCAAAUGAACCUGGCUAUUUUGAUAUAGACGUUUAUGGUGUAAGAGCUUGAAGUUCAUGUAGCUUGUUCAUAUUUCCCGUUUCCAGUGGAGUGCGGAUGCUUGUGAGUUGGUUGGUGCUGAACUAAGACGCUGUUGCUGGGAAUUUGUUUUUCUCAUUACUAUUCUCAAUCGAUAUACAGGAAUAGAAAUAUGUAGUGUAAAAGCAUGUCUGUUUAUUUAAUUUGAAUUUAUAACACAGUAGAUUUUAAUAUUGAAUUUUUUUUUAAGCUGGAGAGCAA